CCCCGGGCGCGGGCGGCGAUGGCCACGCGCGCCUGACAGGUGCGGAGCAUGUACGGCAAGGCGGGCAAGGGCUGCGCGCCCUCGGACGGCCAAGCGCGGGAGAAGCUUGCUCUGUACGUUUACGAGUACCUGCUGCAUGUGGGGGCACAGAAGUCGGCACAGACCUUCCUGUCCGAGAUCCGCUGGGAAAAGAACAUCACACUGGGUGAGCCUCCUGGCUUCCUGCACUCCUGGUGGUGUGUCUUCUGGGACCUGUAUUGUGCGGCACCAGACCGCAGAGAGGCCUGCGAGCACUCCAGCGAGGCCAAAGUCUUCCAGGACUACAGUACAGCAGCAGCCUCCAGCCCGGUGAUGGGCGUCAUGGCCCCUAAUGAUGCAAUGGCGGCAGGUCCAAUGGCACCAGGUUUCUUUCAGCCCUUUAUGUCACCACGGUUCCCAGGGAGUGCCCGGCCAACACUAAGGAUGCCAGGCCAGCCUCCUGUGGGCCUCCCUGGCUCCCAGCCCCUCAUCCCAGGUGCCAUGGACCCCAUCCCACGUGCACAGGGGCACCCCAGCCUGGGAGGCCCCAUGCAGAGAGUGACACCUCCAAGGGGCGUGGCCAGUGUUGGGCCCCAGGGAUAUGGAGCUGGCAUGCGGCCCCCACCAAAUUCUCUUGCCACCAACCAGGUCCUGCCAUCCAUGAACAUGGGUCCGGGGGUGCGUGGCCCGUGGGCCAGUCCCAGCGGUAACUCGAUCCCGUACUCUUCCUCAUCUCCAGGCAGCUACACGGGACCCGCAGGAGGCGGCGGUGCCCCCGGAACACCCAUCAUGCCCAGCCCUGGGGAUUCCACCAACUCCAGCGAGAACAUGUACACCAUCAUGAAUCCCAUCGGGCCGGGCGCCGGCAGGGCUAACGUGAGUGGGGGCCGGUGCGCCUCACCCGACGGGGACCCCGCGGGGGGCGGCCGGCUCGAGCCCCACGCUGCCCUGUGCCCGCAGUUCCCGCUCGGCCCCGGCCCCGAGGGCCCGAUGGCCUCAAUGAGUACGAUGGAGCCGCACCACGUGAACGGAUCCCUGGGCUCUGGCGACAUGGACGGGCUGCCGAAGAACUCCCCCGGUGCCGUGGGCGGCCUGAGCAACGCCCCGGGGACCCCGCGCGACGACGGCGAGAUGGCGGCCGCCGGGACCUUCCUGCACCCGUUCCCGAGCGAAAGCUACUCCCCCGGCAUGACCAUGAGCGUGUGAUAGCCCCGGCCUGAGCCCAUUGUCCUGCUGGGGAGGUCUCGGGUCACUCCCCUGCCACCCGGACUCCUGGCCAGCCCAGCCUGGAUGGCCGGCAGGGCCCCCACGAAAGACUUUUUCAUUUUCUAAACACACACACACACCACACACAGAAACGCAAGGACCUCAGAAAAGUGCGGGCCUUCGGACCUCUGUGCUGUCACAGGACUGGGGUUGGGAGCAGGGGCACUGCCAAUAAACGCCAUUCAGUUUUGUC